UUACGAAUGUUUUGAUUUUGUUCAGAAUUCUUGAUAUUCUUCCAGGAGAGUGAUGUCCUGGUCGGCAGAAGUGGCUUCCUCGAAUGCUCCCAAGUACUGCUACUUCUUCAAGACCCUGCUGGUGGAGGAACUAGAGUUGGAAACCUCCUAUCACAACCUGCAUUACGGGCAGUGCGCAUUAAUUGGACGACUGGCGUUCAAGUCGAAUCAGUACCGGCUGGAAAACGUGCGCGUUAAGUGUCUGCCAAAGAAGUACUCCUUGGACGAGGGCACCAUAUCCUUGCUUAUUCUGGGUCUCACCCAUGACAAAGUCGUCGAAAAUCGCGUGAGUGCCGGCCGCUAUUGCAUUGUGCGCGGUGAAGUGGUGCUUCAUAAUGUGCAGCAUCCCAAAGGUCCCAAGCUGACCGCUGGCGGAGUCUACGACAAGAUCAAUAGCCUGUCCAACAAUCCGUUGGAGCAAACACAAUAUCUCAACGCCCUACGUGCCACCUACAGACCGGCCAUCGAUUUGUGGUACAUCCAGGUCAUCGACAGAGCCGAGGACUUGCUGACUCGCAGGCUGGAGAUGAGAAGUCUGAUUAAGAAAUGAACACACACUACCUGACAACCUCGCGAACCAAUCCGCAGUUCUACAUAUUCAGUCAGCUCUUUGGUAACGAUCGCGACUGGAGCCAUUGCAAUUGGGAGGACAUUCAAAACGUUGCUUGGAAAGAAUUCUGGCAGCGUGAGGGACAUGAGCUACUAGAGCAAAAGUGGCACAAGCGGUUUCCCGAAUACAGAGAUCUUAUCGAGGUUGUCUCGUUGGAGGAGCAAGGGCUCUGGCAGGAACUGUGGGAGAAGCACGCCAGUGAUUCCAGUGCCAAGUUCUGGUAUAUAUUUAGCUGUGCCUUUGAGAACUACCAACAGGUUGUGGCCAAAUCAUUUGGCCAUCAGGAAGAUGAAAACCCAGAAGAUGUUGAGCAGGACUUACAGAACUUAAGCCUUCAAAAGAGGCCAACGAAAUCGAGACAGCAAAGGACCUCAGAAAAAGAAAGGAACGAAUCAUACUUGACUGCCAACGACGAUCCCGAAGAUUGUGACGAGGAACAGCAGUUGCGCCUUCUCGGAUUGCCAACAUCAUUUGCAUCGAAGGCAGAUACAAUUAUCCGAAAGGAAAGAAGGACACAGUACGAACCCUCUAGCAGCGACAGCGAGAACAGUGAGGAUCUGUUAGUCAUGGAAAACGACGAAAAUGAGGCUCUGCAUGGCGUUCAGAGCGGUUUUAUCAAAAAGAGCAAACGACGGCAAAGGCAAAUCAACAAACUCAAGGCCAGAAUGCCUGAGUUUAUGCAAGAGGAUAACAACAAAAUGGUCAAGUAUUGGGUAAAGCGGUUCUCUCUGUUCUCCCGUUUCGAUCAGGGCAUUCGGCUGGACCGCGAGAGCUGGUUCUCGGUGACUCCCGAGAAGAUUGCCAAACAAACGGCUCGUCGUCUGGCCUGCGACGUGAUCUUAGAUGCUUUUUGUGGGUGCGGCGGCAAUGCCAUUCAGUUCGCAAACACCUGUGGACGCGUAAUUGCUGUGGACAUCGAUGCGGAGAAGCUGGCCAUGGCCAAGCAUAAUGCCGGCAUUUAUGGUGUGGCCCACAAAAUCGAGUUCAUCAACGCCGAUUUUCUGCAGUUUGCGGCUACCACAAAGCUUCGCCCAAAUGUAGUUUUUCUGAGCCCUCCCUGGGGAGGUCCCGACUACCAGAAGCAGGCCUCCUUCGAUAUUGAAACAAGUCUGUUGCCCGUGGGCGCCAGCAAUCUGAUGCAGCUCUCUCGCAGCCUGGCGGCUGACGUGGCCUUCUUUCUCCCACGCAACGCCAAUAUGAAGCAGGUGGUCGCCUUGAGUGGAGCUGGGCAACAGUGCGAGGUGGAGCACAAUUAUCUGGACACCCGAAUGGUUGCUAUAACUGCUUAUUACGGCAAGGGAAUUAUAAAAGGUUCAUUGGGUGAGGAUGAGUAGGAUUCGUAGUUGUUAGAAAAAUAACAUUUAGAGCAGCUUACACUCGUAAGUUUAAGGUAGUAUUAAUAAAUAAAAUAAUUGUUUUCAUAUAGCUCUGUGACUAGCGUGAACUACAUUUUGUGGUAAUUACAAUUUGCCUUUCAAUCUUUUAGUUGUAUGUUUGAAAAAAGAACGGGUUCAUACAAAUUUAAUUAAUUUCAUGGCAUUUUCGCUUGUUUUUGGAUGUAAGUCUAAUUUUUAAAAUAAUGUGAGUGUUAUAUUCAGAAGAAAGCAGAAUUUAUAAAAGCGAACCAAUUUGUUGGUUUUCCAGAAGAACAAAGUUGUGUGAACAGGAAAAUAAAUGUAUGAAAAGCAUUUUGCCUAAUAUGUAAUAUAAAUGAUUUUUAAGUAUCUUUAAUUAAACACUGAGGAUAUAAGAACACAGAAUGCACAAAUUCCAGUAAUUAUGGAUCAAAGGAAAAUGUUGUCUAUGGUCAAAAACUUUUUUGUGCGUUGUUUAUCGCCUUAAGUUUUCUUUUUGCCACAGAGAUAGGAGAAAAGUUGACUAAUGAAUAAAGCCGCCUCACAUGUAA